UUAUGGGCAAUUAAAAAACUGUUGAACCAAACAAAAUGUGUCCCAGUUACGGUUUUAAUUCAUAAUGGCAUUUUAAAUUUUACGAAUACUUUUCACACAUACCUCGUGUGCAACUGUUACUCAAAGGAAAGUUUAUCAUUGUUACUAUAAUUAAAUCGUUAUGGUAUACUAAAAAAGUAUCUAUUAUUUCAGAUAUUAUUUCAAAUAAAGAAAAUAUUUACAAAGAUACCAAAAAAUAAAAGAUAUUUGAAUAACAACAGUUUUAUAAAAUUAUGUUAUCAAAAAAUUCUUCACCACCUCAACAAAGGUCAAAAUUAUUUUCAUGGAGUUCUGUUGACUCCAAUAACAGUGAGCUUAAUUAUUAUGAUGGUUGGAAUGUUUUAAAAAAUUUAAUAAUGGUUUUGGAUAAGGAAAAGUAUGCUGACUCUUGUAAUAGUAUUAAUUCUACAAUGCUUGAUGUUAUUAAAACACAGAUAGAUGAUUCUCCAACAUAUUGUAUUUUAUAUUUGUUAUUUGAAAAAGCUCUUCGUGAUAUAUUGACUAAAUCCUUUCCAGUGUCCGUAUGUCUUUUAAAUAGUUUAAAAUCCAGUUAUAAACAUAAUACAAAUGAUAUAAUUGAAGUAUGCAUGAAUAAUUGUGUGGAUAUUUUGGAAAAAAAAUUACAACUUGUUUUGGCUUUGUCAGGGACUGAUAUUGGUGUUAUUUAUUUACUUUUUAGCAUUUACAAACAAGAUUCAUUAACAACUAAGUUUUCUCCUACUGCCAGUAAAAUUAUUCAAAUAAUUAAAUAUACCAAGGAAUAUUUGAAUAAAGUUCAGUAUGACGAACAGUUUGUUAAUGAGGUACUUGCUAUAUACUUGUAUGGCCUUAUUAUUUUUUCAAUCGACUGUGAACUUUCAUGCUCUGAGAUAAACUUUAUCAAAGUUUAUAUUAGAAAAUUAUAUUUGUUAAAAGCCCAAUCUUUUUCUUUACUUGGACGUACCAUGAUUAUUGAUAUAAUUGAGCAGAUGCAUAAGAACAAAGCACAUGUUCAACUUUAUUUUGGUAUUUAUCAGCAUAUUUUAUCAUCUAAAAGGACUUUUUUAUUGCGUGAUGUCAAAUCGUUUUUAAACUUACAUGAAUACCCUUUGGUUUCAGAAGAUAAUAAACUAUCAAAUUACCAGGAUCCUACUGAAGUGUUUUCUCGUUCACUAGCAAGUUCUUCAGAUAAUAUUUCAGAGGUUUCUUCUACAAUGGAAAAUAUUAUAACAACUGACAGUGCUUGUUCAUUUUCAAAUAAGCAGAUUUUAUCCACUGAGUAUGAUUCAUCAACUGAACAGUUUUUAUCCCCUAAGCAGAUUUUAUCUCCUGAACAGAUUUUAUCCAAUGAACAGAUUUUAUCCAAUGAACAGAUUUUAUCUACAGAGCAGUUCUUGUCCACUGAUCAUAUUAUAUCCACUGAGCAAGUUUUAUCAAAUGAUCAGGUUUUAUCCACUGAGCCAAUUUUAUCUACUGAGGAAAUUUUAUCUACUGAGGAAAUUUUAUCCACUGAACAGAUUGAUAAGUCCAUUUUAAAUGAAUUAAUCCCGUUAUCAAUAAGUGAUUCAGAUAAAGUAAACGAUAGAUGGGAAAAAUGUUUUUCUGAUUUUCCAAAUAAAAAACAUAUUACAAAUAUAAUAGAAAUUGAAGAGCGAUUUUGUAGUAGCGUUCAAGGUUAUGAAGGCAUGGUUGUUCGUGAAUUGGAAAGAAAAUCUGGAGCAGUUAUAAAAAUAUGCAAAGAAUCUUUUCAAGUUAUUUCACGUCCUGAUACAAGCAGCUUAACAGCACACAAGUUGAUCACUGGAGCAUUAGGGAUUCCUGCUCAAAAACCAAUUAUAGAAUUGCAAAGACAAAAAUUGAAUGAAGCAAAAAUAAAGCUGCAAAAUCAAGAAGAAGUGACUUUAACACGAAGAAUAAAAAUAAGUGGAAGCAUAGAAAAUGUUGAGAAAGCUAAAAAAUUGAUUUAUGACAUCUGCGAAAGCAGCGUCACAUUGUCACUGGCAUUAGAUCUUACUGUUGAUGAAAUAUUGGAAUACAGUAUCAAACUUAAGGGAAUUGAGGUGUUACUUAAUGUGUAUAUGGAGGUAAAUGAGCAAGCUGAUAGUUCUGUUGUUAUAACUAUUUGUGGAGAAUUAAAAUGUUGCCAGGAUGCCAAGAAACUUAUUCUUGAAGAAGUUGGAACUUUUCGUACUCAGUAUGGCAAUUUAUUUGUUGUUCCAUCAGUACUUAUGACUGUUUGUGGUAAUCAAGAUGGUUUGGAACAUUUAGUUGACAGUGUUUCAGAAAUAUCUGGCGGAAAAGUUACUAUACUUCCUGUUUUGCCUAAAUGUAUGUUGUUUGCUAGUGGUUCGAACAAAGAAAUAAAUGAAACAGUUCAUAUUUUUCAGAAACUUUGCGUUGAAUUGCUGUGUUGCUUAAACAGCAAAGUUGAUGACGUUAUUAAAAUAGAAUUUUGUGUGGAAGAUUUAAUCAUCUAUAUCUCAAAAAUCUUUGGUGAAAAUUCAUCUAAUGAAAAAAAUCCAACUCUUAUGUCGAAAUAUUUAAAAGAUGAUAAACAAGAAGGAAAAAAAUCUGAAAGAUUGAUUUACUCCCGGGAAGAACUUAUAGCUUAUGAACACUGUAAAUGCGCUGAAAACUUUCCUGAGUCGCUUUACAAAUUAGAUUUUGAAUUAGCUGCCAUUGUGAUCAAAAAAGAUUAUUUAGAUGACACAAUGAAAAGCAUAUUUUUUGGUGAUUAUAAAACAAAUAAUAAAGAAAAUUGUAUCUUAAAGAAAGAUGACACUGACAAACAAAAAAAUAUUGUUACAUCUGAAAAAACAAAUUCAGAAACUUUUUGUGUUGCGGCAAAGUAUAAUUCUGCCAUUCCUAAUGUAGCUUCUGAAAAAACAUCUCAAGAUGUUUUUAAAGUAGCUUGCGGUAUUACUUCCUCAUAUCGUGUUGGAUCUUUAAAUAAAUUUUACGGGAAUUGGCGUAUUUCAGCUAUAAAUAAUGUACUCUCUGACCGAUCUCACGAUUCUAAGAUAUCAAACAGCCUUUUUUCACGUACUAGCAAAACUGAUUUUGAUCAAUUCUGUGUAGGAAGAAAAUCUACAUUUGAAAAUUUUAGUUGCCCUAACGUAAAACUUGCCUCAGAAGAAGUUGUUGAAAUCAUUAGUUGUUCUUCAACAAAAAACUCAAAUAUAUAUCCGACCAAAGUACUCGUUGAACCAUCUGUUUCUCUACAAUACAUCGGCACACCGUUUAAAGGUUGUUUUUCUUUUGGCAAUAAUAAUCCUGUUUUGAACAAGAAUACGACAAGACAGUUUCAAUUUUAAACUAGUCUGUUUUUAAAAGUAUAAAGCUUAAACAUUUAAGAAGCGAGUGUCGUAUGUUUUGUAUAGCUAAAAAAGAGAAUUUUUUUGAGUUACAUAUGUUUUAUAUUAACGAUUCUUUUGCGUUUACUACGAAGUUUAUUUUAUUGAUUACUUGUUGAUAUUUUUAUGCAUAUUUAUUAGAGUACGAUGUGUAUUCUAUGUAUUACUUUUUGCUAUUAUUUUACAUAAAAGAUAUUUUAAAGGUCUUUUA